AGGCGCGGCUGCUGCGGGACGCCUGGCUGGGCCUGGCUGCGGGAGAAGAGCGUGGCGCUCUUGGUGUAGGGCCUGCUGCUCCGAGGCGGCGGCGGCGGCAGCGGCGGCAUGCGCGUGUGAGAUGAGGCCUCGGGUAGCCCGGACGCGAGCAGCGGCCCCCGGGGCAGCGGCGAAGGCCAACGCGGCCUCUUCAGAGCGCGGCGCGCGGUGCAUGAGGGCGAGCGCGCGGGUGCUGGGCAGUCGCCGGCCACGCCGCCUCCAUAAACACUUGUUUAGGACUUGUUCGCCUCGGUGAGGCCGCGGCACCGGGCAUGGAACCCCCGCCCGAGCCGGAGCCAGAGCCCCAGUCCCUUUCAGAGGCCUCGGCCGCCGCGCCACUGCGCGCCCCAGAGGUGGCGCGGCUCCUCGAGGAGCAGGAAAAGGUGGUCACUAACUGCCAAGAGAAAAUCCAGCAUUGGGAGAAAGUAGACAAUGACUAUAGUGCUCUUCAAGAGAGACUGAGGACCUUGCCUGACAAGUUGUCCUACGACGUCAUGGUACCAUUUGGUCCACUUGCCUUCAUGCCAGGAAAACUUGUCCACACUAACGAAGUCACUGUUUUACUUGGGGACAACUGGUUUGCAAAGUGCUCGGCAAAGCAGGCUGUGGGUUUAGUUGAGCACCGGAAAGAACAUGUAAGAAAAACAAUAGAUGAUUUUAAAAAAGUAUUGAAAAAUUUUGAAUCCAGAGUUGAAUUCACAGAAGACUUGCAGAAGAUGAGUGAUGCUGCAGGUGAUAUUGUUGAUAUAAGAGAAGAAAUUAAAAGUGACUUUGAAUUUAAAGGAAAACAGCGAAUUGCUCAUAAACCUCAUUCCAAACCAAAAACUUCAAAUAUUUUUGAAGCAGAUUUUGAAAAUGAUAUAAAACCCAAGGAUUUGCUUGCUGAUGAGGAACUAUGGGCUCGACUUGAAGAGCUGGAGAGACAAGAAGAAUUGCUGGGUGAACUUGAUAGUAAGCCUGAUACUGUGAUUGCAAAUGGAGAAGACACAGUGUCUUCUGAGGAGGAAAAGGAAGAUCAUGGCACAGAUGUGAAUGUGGUACCUCCAGUGACAGACUCCUUUGCCCCUGGCAGAUGUUGUAUGCAAGCUCAAAAUGCAGGACUCCCUAAUGGUCAAGCCAGUAGUCAUUUGAAUUGUUCAGUGAAUGGUUCAAAUUCUUACCAUAGCAAUGAAGAAGAUGAAGAUGAUGAAGAUGAUGAAGAUGCUGAUGGUGGUGGUGGUGAUGAUGAUGAUGAUAAUGAAAGUGACCACACUAUUUCAGCAGAUAAUUCUGUACCAACAAUAUAUUUCUCUCAUACUGUUGAACCUAAAAGGGUUCGAAUAAACACUGGGAAAAAUACUACUUUAAAAUUCAGUGAAAAGAAAGAGGAAGCCAAACGGAAACGAAAGAGCAGUGCUGGCAGCCAUGCUACCCAUGAGCUGCCUGCAAUCAGGAGCCCUGCUGAUAUUUACAGGGUCUUUGUGGACGUUGUGAAUGGAGAGUAUGUCCCUCGGAAGUCCAUCCUCAAGUCUCGCAGCAGAGAGAAUAGUGUCUGCAGCGACACCAGCGAGAGCAGUGCUGCUGAGGUGGACGACCGGAGGGGCGUUCUGAGGAGCACCAGCUGGGAGGAGGCCUCGUGCGCUGAUGCCAGUGGGAGCACUCUGGAAGAACUCCAAGAAAAUCACCCAAAGAAGCUUUUGCCCUCAGGAGUGACUGAGGCUUUUUCUGGAACUGUAAUAGAAAAAGAAUUUUCAUCACCCUCCUUUGCACCGUACUUAGCCAUUGCUCAUCAUGCCCUACCCACUAUUCCAGAGCGAAAAGAAGUUCUGUCAGAAGCACCGGAAGAAUCUGCAAAGAGGGUUUCCAAGUUCAAAGCUGCCAGAUUGCAGCAGAGAAACUAGAGAGGGAAUGGGCUUCACCUACAGCUCAAGCUUCAUUUUAGGACGCAUAGCAGAUUCGGCCCUUGGAGUUGGAAAGACGUCUUGCUUCACUUGGCAAUAGUUCUCGCACCUUUAUCGAUGGCAUUUAAAAAGUCAAAGUAAAUGUUUGAAUACUGUAAUAUUCUGCUGGCUUUGUUAAUUCUCUGAAUAUUGUCUAGUUGGCCUUAGGAUACAGUAGUAGCAUUUCAAUUUACUUUUCAAAGAAUACUGUCAUGCAUUGUUUUUGUGUUUCCAACUAAAAACAGGCAGUUUUGUACCAGCUGUGAUGUUGUGCUUGCCAUAUGGAUUGUGUUAAAGAAACUUUUAAAUUUUCAAAUAGAUUCAACAAUUAUAUUACUUGCUUUCACAUUUUAAAGGCACUUUAAAAAAUCUACAUCUCUUGUAGGUUUCACAGCUAGGUGGUUCUUUGAAAACUCCUUUGAAUGUCAUACUGUAAUGUUUAAGGCAAGAAGCUACACAAACCUUAUGGGAAAUUUUGACUAGAAGAAUAAUAUUUUGUACUUUUUUUUUGCAAGUAAAAUUUUUAUGAAACUUGGUUUCUAAAAUGUUGUGAACUUGCUGGUUUAGAAUUGUGUAUGAAAAUGUCUUUGAUUUGUGUGUAUACUUACACAGACCACACCACAAAUUUCUCGAGUUCAAGUCCCGCAAGCAUCUUUUUUCCCUGUGCAUACAGUCUUUACUGGGAUUAUCGUUUGGGAGAGAAAAAUUUGUCAGAUGCUUUAAAAAAAUAGAUUUUUUUUUAAAAUAAAUAUUUUUUUUAAUGUUUCAAUCUUUCUCUUAUUUUCAUUCUUCAAGGCUGCUUUGCUACCAGUAAAAAAAAAAAAGUGAAAUAUUGUAUUUACUUGUAGCCAAACACCUUAAAAGAGACAUUCAGUCUCAGAUUGACCAUUACAGUGCAAGUGUUGAUCAUUAGCUUGAUGCAUGCUAAAAUGUAGCUUUUAAAAAGCAUUCCAUAUUAGUACUAAACUAAGCCAUCAACCCCAGUCUACUCUCUAUUCAUGGCUAAAUAUUUAAAGGUUAUUUAUAGCUUCUUUAAUGAAUUCUUGCUUAAACAAAGUGAAAUUAUGUCCUAGAAAAGUCCAAGCUGUAACUAGAGCAGUUGCCAGUGUCAGAGUUUUUUGAAAUAUGUAUUUUAAUGAUAAAGGGGUGAGCUUGAAUCUGUUAAUGGAUAAUUUAGAACAGAGGACUGAAUUUGAAAGACUGCCUAAAAAUAUAAUAGAUCUGUUUUUCUAGCCAAUGUUGAUCAUCUGUACACAUAUUUUGUACUUAAAAAUGGUUUUUCCUUUCUAAUCACCCAACUCCCAAACCAAACCAUCACAUCACACCCACUCCAGGAGCACCCUGUUCCUCCUUCUUAGCUGCCACUUACGGGAGGCUUUCUGUGCUGACCUCCAGGUACAAGCCUCUUUGUAGGACUGUUGUAUCUUUAGACAUGUAACUUCAAGCGUGCUGUCAUUAAAUAACUUUCCAUGUUCAUGAACUUA